CUCCCCGCUGCCGCCGCCGCCGCUGUCCCGCCGGCCGGAGACAACCCGACCCUCAUGUUGCCUCCCCCGGAGUGUCUUGGCUGAGAAGGUUUGAGCCAAAGAUACGACAUCUAGUGUAUUUGGUUUGAGCCGCUCGAGUCUGUGAGCGGGCGAGAGGGCUGAGCGAUGGCGAAUGCGGCGAAUCUGAACGCGGUGCGGGAGACGAUGGACGUCCUGCUUGAAAUUUCAAGAUUGCUGAAUACUGGUCUUGACAUGGAAUCCCUCUCAAUUUGUGUCCGUCUUUGUGAACAAGGAAUCAAUCCUGAAGCCUUGGCAUCAGUUAUUAAAGAACUGCGCAAGGCUACCGAAUCACUCAAAACUACAGAGAAUAUGACUGGUUGACAUCCUCUUGGUGAUGAAGCUUUCUGCGGAGGGUAUCUACGCUAGGUCACACCGAAAAUCAUUGUCAUGAAUGAACAUACAAAGUUGGCAAAAACAUAGUUUUGUACAAUAGCAGAUAGGAAUGAUUGUUACUCCAGGUUAAAUUAUGUAAAUUGUGGAGUAAUUUAUUGAUGCUGACAUGCAAACACUUGUUAAAUAGAACCACACUGAAUUUAACGUGUUUUAAAUGUAUUGCUUAUUGUGGAUUGUUUUCAGGGGAUGCUUGUUUAAAAAAUAACGGUGUUAAAACACCAACCUCUUACAGGGGGAGAAGUUCCUAAACCGGAUUCAGUAUAUUUUAAGUUUCAUUAUGUGACUGGAAGUGCCAAUUUGCAUUUGACCAGAGCUGAUAUGAAUUGUAAUUAUGCUUUCUCAUGCAUCUUCUCUACUGAAAGAAAGUUUAAAAAUAUAUUUCUUAUUCAAGGCAUGUAAUGGCAAUACUAAUAUAGAUUUUACUGAAGCUGCCACUUUACGAGCUUUUUUAUUGUACUACACAUCAGCUAAAUCAUAAUUGGAAUGCAAUUGUUGUUGUAUAUUAAAACGUGAUUUAUUGUGCCUCUCCCUCCAGAAUUAUAAACAAUACAAUCACAAUCAGCUGAAAAUAAGCAAUUCUAACAUUUAAUUUAGAAAAUGUGUGCUGUUCUGGACUGUUAGUUGCUAAUACAAUGAUUUAUAUCAGGUUAUAAUUUCAAAAUCCAGAUUGUGUUAUUUGAUCUAAAGUUUUAGGGACUGUUGAUUGUUGAUACUAAGAAGCUAAUAACAUUGACAGUGUGUUAGAUUUGUGAUUGGUAUUUUUUUUUAAUUUAAAUUUUGUUACAUUACAUAGAAAUGCUUCCUAUUCUUGAAUUUUGGGUGCAUUUUUCUAAGAAUUAAAGUUCUGGUGAAAAAUAUGGUACAAGACUUAGUUUAAUAAUAGAAGUAAAAGUGAUACAAUUUAUUGUAAAUGCAUUCAUUAUGUUGCUUGAUUUAUAGUUAGUUUACUCUGUUGUUGAUCUCAAAUGUAAAGCAAAUAUAAAAAUGGUUUCAAAGGUGAACCUUUGUUCAUUCCAUAUGUACAUGCCUGUGGAAAUAUGCAAAAGCAACAAGGUUGUCUUUAAUUUCCCCAGUAUUGAAUGGAGUAUCCUUAGUAAGAGGAACUGAGAUGGGGCACAAAUGUCAAAUACCUCCAGGGUGACUUCAAGAAACAGUGGAGAUAGUGAAAUUGGGGAAGGAGUCAUUUCAUUGAGAAACAAGUCUAACCAAGUGCGUGAGGUUUUAGUAUGAGAGCAUUUUGGCAAUAGUGAUCACAACUCUUAAGUUUUAUGGUAGUUGUGCAUAAGAAUAAAUCUGGACCGUGGAGUGCUGGUGUUGGAAUGCAGAUUACAACAGUCUUAGGCAGGAAAGCUGGAGAGAGCAGCUUGAAACGACUGUUAUUGGACAAGUUCACAUCGUGACACAACUUAAACCAACAACUGAUCAGAUUUCAGGUCUGGCAUGUGAGGAUGACAUAGAUAGCAAGGAACUUUAUAUGAUGGGUGAUUUAGUCUAAAAGAGAAAGGACAUGUAUGUAAGGGUUUGGAAGCUGAAAUUGUACAGAACCUUAAAGCAAUAUAAAGAAAACAGGAAAGAUCUCAAAUAACGAAUCAAGAGGGUUCAAAGAGACCAUGAAAUUUGUGCGUAUAAAAAUACCGAGGCAUUUUAUGCGUAAAUUAUAAAGAUGGUAGCUAGGUAAAUAGGAUUCAAAAUUGGCUUGUCCUUAGAAAGCAAAGGAUAGUAUGAAGUGGUGUUUCACUGAUUAGAAGUCUGUGAUUAGGGAGUAUAGGGAUCGCCUGUUUAUAAUAAAAAAACAUAAUUUCGACAAAAAUCUAGAUGAGGUGAUUAAGAUUGCACACAACAUAAAAAAUGGUGAGUUGUGGAUUGUGAAGAAGGUUGUCAGGAUACAGAAUAAUAUAAAUCAGUUAUCGAUUAUGGGUGGAGAAAUGGCAGAUGGGAGUUUAAUCGAGACAACUUAGGGAGGUAAGGAAUAUAUACUGUAAAUGACUGCAGCAUAACAGCACAGAUGUGCAGAUGGAUCUUGGGAUGCACAUUUUCAUUGUUCCCUCAUGGUGACAACACAAGCAAGCCUUCAGACAAGGCACUGAGUACAAAAGUCAGGAUGUCAUGCUGCAGCUGGUUAGGUCACAUUGUGAAUAUCGUGUGCAGUUCUGGUCACCACAUUGCAAGAAGGUUAUGGAGGUUUGGUAGAGGUUGCAAAAGAGGGUUAAGAGGAUGCUGCCUGAACUAGAGGGUAUUAGCCAAAGGGAAGUUGGGCAAAUUUGGAUUGUUUCUUCUACAGUGCGAGGCUGAAGGGAGACCUAAUACAAGUUUCUAAAGUUAUAAGAGGCAUGAAUAUGGUUGCUAGAUGGUCCUUUUUUCCCGAGGAUACAAAUUUUAAAUACAAAAAGGCAUAGAUUCAAUGUGAGAGUGGGUAAGUUGAAA